AUGAAAACCAUGAAGUCUCGCCGUGGCGGCAACGAUCGUGGGGGUAUCCGCAAGCGGGGCCCUACUCGCACCGACCGAGAUGGAGAUAUGGAUAUGGAUGCCAGUGGCUCUCGGUCUAAGAGAACUCGUCCUGAUGGUGGCCGUUCCGCUUUGGGUGGCCGCGUCUCAGGUGCAGGCGCAGGUGGCCGAGCUGCAGGUAGUGGCAGCCGGACCCAGGCUCGCGACAAGAACGUGGAUUUGAUCCAACGGGCGAUUGCCAGUACCGAGUCUCAAGCCAACAUUAGACAAAGCAAAAGAAAUGCCGGCAAGCCCAAGGAACAGCUGGAGAAGUUCAGUGUUCGUGGAUGGAAAGAGAGCAAGGCCUCAACCAACAAGGACGAAGGUCGUGAGGCCCUCGUCGCAUUCCUUGAACGACGCAUGAACUCCUUCACCAAAUCCGGACCCCGCAUCAGAAUUACUCAGCACGACCAUAAGAAAGGCAGCGACACUCUGGUGGUUUCUGUUCGACCCGAUCUGGCAGAGAAAAUGCUUCGAAUCAACGGCAAUACCUUCGCCGGUGUCAAUAUCACUGUCGCACCCUAUAAUGCCGAUGACGCACUAGUAAAUGAAUUGGCGCCAGCAGAUGCUACCCCGGGCUCCACGGCCGAUACCAAAAGCAAGAUGCAAGCUAUCCUCAACAAACGCUACUACGCCCCCACCAAGCUCCUUGACAUGUCAGAUCUGGCAAAUGACGCCGAUUUGCAAGCGAUGGGAAUCUUCAACACCACUUCCACCGAGUCGAAGUUUUUCCCAGCUCUUAUGAAAGUCUGGGAGAUGCGCUACGCCAGCUCAGCGGAACGACGCGAGGCAGUGGAAAGCGCCAGUCUGGCGAACAACCGCCUCAACAACAUCAGCGUUGUGACAAGUCUCGCUCAAACCGUUCCCGAUAUCAAGAACCUCGACCUUUCAAAUAACAACUUCAAGGACGCACAGGCAAUGAUUGGAUGGCGGUGGAAGUUUCGCAACCUUACCUUCCUGGACUUGACGGGCAACGAUUUCAGUUCUCACCCUAACUUCAAGGAUACCAUGCUCAAGUGGUACCCUAAGCUGCAAAUCUUGAACAACGUCCAGGUGCGGACACCAGAAGAGGUUGCGCUUCAGAAGAAAACCCCCAUUCCAGUCCAAUCACCUUUCUUCCAUGACGAUGCCCAAAUUGGCGAGAACUUCGUCCGUGCGUUCUUCCCCGGUUACGACAAUGAUCGCAGCGGUCUUGCCAGCAGUGUUUACGACAACGAAUCUACCUUUUCACUAAAUGUCAACACUUCGGCUCCCAGAUCGCACGCCACCGAGACGGCCAGCUGGGGCGAAUACAUUAAGAAGAGCCGAAACCUCGACAAGAUCAGCCACCUCCCCGCGCGCAUGUCACGAUCUUUCAAGGGCGUCGAGCAGAUUCGCGAAGCUUUCACCUCGCUCCCACCCACUCGCCACCCCGACUUGGUCACCAAGGCUGACCAAUGGCUUUUCGAAUGCUAUCCGAUCCCUGGUCUUCCUGAUCCUACUGGACAGAGCGCCUUUGGUGUUGGUGGUCUCUCGCUCACAGUGCAUGGCCAACUCGAGGAGAGCGUCGGUGGCAAGAUUGAAAUUCGCAGCUUCGAUCGAACAUUCAUCCUUGGACCCGGGAAUACCCCCGGUGGCAUUAGAGUCAUCAGCGACGUAUUCUGCCUUCGGGCUUACGGUGGACACGAGGCGUGGACUCCCGACGCGCUGCAAGUCCCUCAGGUUGCAGCCCCAGUACCUGGCCCAAUUCCCACUGCUACCCCCGCAGCCGCCCCAGGAGGCAAUGCUGUCGAUGGAUACGGUCUGCCUCAACCUGGAAAGUCCGACGCCCAACUCCAGCAGGAGCAGAUGGUAGUUCAGAUGAGUGCCAAGUCGGGCAUGACUAUUCAGUACUCAGAGAUGGCCCUUUCGGGCAAUGGUUGGAAUGCCGAAGCCGCAUGGAAAAACUUCGAGCAACUCAAGGCCUCUGGUGCUUUACCACCAUCCGCUUUCGUGGCUUCUGCAUGA